AUGUCGAUCGACCUUCAAGCAUCCGAUGUCUCAAGCCUGACAGCUCAGGUGGAGAGGCUUUCAAACGCCUUGAUUAAAGUAACAGGGGAAUCCGACGUACGCAAGCUUCACCACAAGUACGGCUACUACAUCGAUAAGUGUUUAUACAAAGAGGUCUCUCAACUUUUCGCUGAUCAUCCCGAUACAUAUGUCCAAUUCUUGAACGGACGCUUCAAGGGCAAGAACGGCGUAGAUCGCUUGUAUAUCGAGCGAUUUGCAAAGAGAUUUGUCGGUGGUCGUAAUGGCCCUAUUGACGGAUGGCUCCUUGAUCAUCUCAUGGCACAGGACAUUAUCGAUUUUGAUCCAAAUACUGGAAGAGCAAAGGCUCGUAUUCGUGCCCUCAUGAGUGCGGGUACUCAUGAAUCCAUUUCCACUGAGUUCCCGGGCGGAUACCGUCAAUGGUGGGAAGGUGGAGUAUACGAAAACGAGUACAUCCUGGAGAACGGCACGUGGAAAAUUCUUAGACUCCGAUACUAUCCUUUCUGGCAUGGAUCUUUCGAAUUGGGUUGGAAAGAGGCGAAGAAUUUCGUUCCCUUGUUCAAGCAACAAUUCCCGGCGGACCCGCUCGGUCCCGAUGAGCUUCUCGAGGAUUUCUCGCUCUGGCCUGACACUCGGGUGGUUCCAUUCCAUUAUAAUCAUCCUAUCACGGACGAGAAAGUCGCCGAAGAGGAUAUGCAGGCCCCGAAAUGGCUUGAAGAUGCCAGCACUGCCCCACCUGCCCGGAGCAUCACUGACUGGGGAGUCUGA